GGAAAGUUUGCUGCCAUAGUUGGACACUUCUGAAACGAGAGAUUUUUCUGUUCAUUUUCUAUUGAAAAUGAAAGCUCAACUACCCCCUCAUAGGAAUCACCAACUGCUUUAAAUUAUAACUAAUGACAUGCCCAUUUCCCUGUCUCCAGUGAAACCCUACUGUUACACCAUCUUCUGGGGGAAAUCUUCAUCUUCUUCGUCAAUCAAAACCCAAGAAUUCUUACCAGUAAUCGAAUUAAUCAAAAUAAAUAGGUCCAAAAAAAGGAAAACUUGUUUAUUUAUUAUCAUGGAAGAUUUUUCAGAACUUCGUUUUAAUGGUUUCUUAGUUCUAGUGAUUACUUUGUGUUUCUCCUCCUCACCAUUGUUCGUGUUAAGUGAGUAUGCAAACAGAGUGGUUACAGUUACAGAUGAUCAGAAAAAUUCUAAUUUCUCAACCAAUUUUCUCUUCGGCACUGCCUCCUCCGCUUAUCAGUUUGAAGGUGCUUUUAGGAGUGAUGGAAAAGGUUUAAACAAUUGGGAUGUUUUUACUCAUAAAUCAGAUAAAAUCAUAGAUGAAAGUAAUGGAGAUAUCAGCGUCGAUCAUUACAACCUUUAUCUGGAAGAUAUAGAGCUGAUGGAUUCUCUUGGUGUCAAUAGUUACCGAUUCUCUAUUUCAUGGGCGCGAAUUCUACCUAGAGGGAGAUUUGGAGCUAUAAAUUCUGGCGGCAUUCAAUUCUAUAACAACUUAAUUGAUGCUCUCCUGCGGAAAGGAAUAGAACCAUUUGUUACAUUGUGUCACUACGACAUUCCUCAAGAACUUGAAGACAGAUACAGAAGUUGGUUGAGUCCUCAGAUACAGGAAGAUUUUCGUUAUUAUGCGGACAUCUGUUUUGAAGCAUUUGGAGAUCGCGUCAAGUAUUGGGGCACAUUGAACGAGCCAAACGUCGUUGCACUCCAAAGUUACCAGAACGGGCUUUACCCACCAGGUCGCUGCUCCGGAGUAUUUGGCAGAUGUGCAUUUGGUGACUCCAAGACUGAACCUUUCAUUGCCGCUCACAACAUGAUCCUCUCUCAUGCUUCUGCUGUUCAACUAUACAGAAACAAAUACCAGGAAGAACAAAAAGGUAGCAUUGGGAUUGUAAUGAACUGUAUAUGGUUUGAACCCCUUAGUGAUUCUUUGGCAGACAAGCUAGCUACAGAAAGAGCCCAAUCUUUCUUUUCAAAUUGGUUCUUGGAUCCCAUUAUGUAUGGAAGGUAUCCUGCAGAAAUGCAAGAUAUACUAGGAUUCAGGUUGCCUUUGUUUUCAGAAAAUGACAAGAAGAAACUACAAAGUGGUUCAGACUUCAUUGGUAUUAAUCACUACACCAGCCUCUAUAUCAAAGACUGCAUGUUCUCUUCUUGCCCGGGUGCAAAGGGAGCUUCCAGGACAGAAGGUUUCGCCUACCUAACUGGCGAAAAGGACGGUGUUCCCAUUGGAGAACCAACUUCAAUGAAUUUAUACUAUGUUCAUCCACAAGGAAUGGAAAAAAUGGUCACAUAUCUAAAGGAGAGAUACAACAAUACGCCCAUGUAUAUUGCAGAAAACGGUUACGGCAAGCUCAACAAUGGUAAUGCCCAAGUUGAAGAUUCCUUGAACGAUACCAAGAGAGUGAACUUCAUGAGUAGCUAUUUGGAUUCAUUAGCAAACACAAUCAGGAAAGGAGCCGAUGUAAGAGGAUACUUUGUAUGGUCUUUGCUUGACAACUUCGAGUGGGUAUAUGGAUAUACUCGACGAUUUGGCCUUUUUUAUGUGGAUUUUACAACCCUGAAGAGAACUCCAAAGCUAUCUGCAACUUGGUAUAAAAAUUUUAUAGCAAAAAACAAGGCGACCACCAGAAGUACUUUAAGUGCAACAAAUAAUCAGCAAGAUCCCCAAAAUUAUGCAAUGUAAUAAUACUUUUUGUUACAUGCAAUUGACACUAAAUUCUCUAAUUACGAAAGUGAAUUUGCGUCUUGACUACAUUCACAUGGGCAUCUUGAAGUCCAUGGAUUUUGGGCCAAACCCACUUGGGGAUUUAAACUAUAUCUUUAUUUC